UAAGUCAGUGUUGUCAUACAGAUACAGCAACCGAGUAACGCUGCCCUUCGUUGAUUCCAACUGCGAUAACAGGCCAUACCAGCAGAAAAGAAAUGCUCCAUUGUUUCCUACCAUCUUGCUAGGGUUUCGCCAGCCAUGUCGCUUCCUCUCGGGAAGCUCACCAUCCUCGUCGGUGCAGGUAUACUUGGAUCUGUGCUUGCAAAGGAAGGACGUGUAUCGGAUGUCUCUGAUUUUUUUUCGGGUGCUUUGAAGAUUGUUUGGAAGCAACUUCAGCGAGAUGAAUCUCCUUCAUUAAAGGCAAAGCCGCAAAAUGAUUCACUUCUGGCACAGGUCAAUAGCCUACGACAAGAACUUCAACUUUUGGCAUCAAAUAGAUCAGUUACAAUUGUAAAUGGGAGUUCAUCAGGUGCCAGGGCCUACAGUGUGCCAGUUGUGGUAGUUUUAGUUGUAGGAUAUGGGUAUAUACGGUUGAAGGGCUGGAAGAUAUCUGACAUGAUGUUUGUGACAAGUCGCAGUUGGUCUGAUGCUUGUGCUACUGUAGCUAAACAACUUGAGGAUGCUUUUUCAUCUAUUACGGCUACCAAGAAACAUCUAUCUUCAAGAAUUGAUCGGGUAGAUAGUAAUCUAGAUGAGUGUGUGGAACUUACUGCUGCUACCAGAGAGGAGGUUUCCCAGCUACAAGGAGAUCUGAAAAUGUUCAGUGUGGAUGUUGAAUCUGUUCACCGUGCAGUUCAAACUCUGGAGACAAAAAUUGGUAGAAUAGAAGGGAAACAGGAUCUUACAAAUGAAGGUGUUAAAAAAUUGUGUAAUUUUGUCUGGAGCUUGGAAAACAGCAGACCUCUAGACCGCAUUCAGGCCUCACCUGCCAGUUCCUCCAGGCCAGUUCUUGAACUUCCAAAGAUUACACCCAUUUCAAGAACCAAGUCUGCAUCUCUGUCUGGAUUUAAUGAGUCUGCAUCACCAGCCAAAAUUCUACCCCUGGAAUUGCCAUCUCCGUCAGCAUCUAUUGAAUCUCCCAAGCUGUCGCGACCACCACAAAGUGUUGGCUCAGCAUCAGGCCUGAAGGAACUGCAAGGAAUUUCUGAUACAGCCAACGCAUCAACUGGCCCUGAAGUUCCUAAUGGGACCCAUGUUUCAGAAGAUACAAACAGCAAUGGCUCUUCAAGUUCCCGUCAGUCCGGAUGGAAAUUCCCUAGCUUAAAUGCAUCCUUCCUUGCUAGAACACGCAGCGUGACUUACUCUUUCAAGUAGCACACGCUACGCGGGUAAAAUCGCUCUUCAGAUUGAUGUCAUUUAUCUUGCAUAUGAUUUCCUCCCCGGCCAUCGAAGGAAUGCAUUUUGAGCAUUUUUGCUAUAAUCGAAUUAUCGAAGUAGCUUCAUUACAGGGGUCAGGGGGUAUGUUUCACCAGAAAAAAAAAAGUAUAGGGUGUGCUCACCUAUAUAUGUGAAAAUAGGACUGAGCACAGAAUUUUGUAGAUCUACAGUUAAAAUCGACAAUUUCUGCUUAGAAAGCUGUGAUUGGACUUUGUAUAAACUAACCGGAGGAUGGUGACGACGGGACAAAAGCAACGGGAAACAAAAAAGAAAUAGGAUUUUACAGUUGGUCGUAAAUCGUAAUGGGACACAACAUAGAUUAGAAGACAUGGGAUUACGUUUCCUGUUCGCUGUUCAA